UUUCUGCUUAAAUUGACUCUCACUUUCAGGUGUGCCUUUACACGCCCUGUUUGCAGCCUGCGCCUCUCAACACAGCCUUGCAAGUCCCGCAAAAUUGAAUUUAAUCAGCUCCUGACAAAAGAAUGCAAUUUCAACUGGCCUUUUUUUUGCACCUUGGGUUGUUCAGUUACAUGAAAGCCCACGAUGAAUGCAAAAGGGGCUCCUGUCACCCCACCACCGGUGAUCUCCUGGUGGGUCGCAGCGCACAGCUCACGGCUUCUUCUACCUGCGGGCUGGACGGAGCCCAGAAAUACUGCAUCCUCAGCUACCUCGAGGGGGAGCAAAAAUGCUUCAUCUGCGACUCGAGAUUUCCAUACGACCCCUACUCCGCAUCCCUCAGCCACAACAUUGAGAAUGUAAUUACAAGUUUUGAACCAGAGAGAGGAAGGAAAUGGUGGCAAUCUGAGAAUGGUCUUGAUCAUGUCAGCAUCAGAUUGGACCUAGAAGCAUUAUUUCAGUUCAGCCACCUCAUUCUGACCUUCAAGACUUUUCGGCCUGCUGCGAUGUUAGUCGAACGUUCCGCGGACUAUGGACACACCUGGAAAGUACUCAAAUAUUUUGCGAAAGACUGUGCCGCUUCCUUUCCAAAUAUCUCUUCGGGCCAGGCCCAGGCAGUGGGAGACCUUGUUUGUGACUCUAAAUAUUCGGAUAUCGAACCCUCCACUGGUGGCGAGGUCGUUUUAAAAGUUCUGGAUCCCAGCUUUGAAAUUGCAAACCCUUACAGCCCCUACAUCCAGGACCUCGUGACAUUAACAAAUCUGAGGAUAAACUUUACCAAACUCCAUACCCUGGGGGACACUUUGCUCCGAAGGAGGGAGAAUGAGUCCCUGGGGAACUACUACUACGCUCUGUAUAAGAUGGUGGUGCGGGGCAGCUGUUUUUGCAACGGCCACGCCAGCAAGUGUGGCCCAGCACAGAAGGUGCGGGGAGACGUGUUCAGCCCUCCCAGGAUGGUUCACGGUCGCUGCGUCUGUCAGCACAAUACAGACGGCCCAAACUGUGAGAGGUGCAGGGACUUCUUCCACGACGCCCCGUGGAGGCCGGGAGCAGGCCACCAGGACAGCACGUGCAGAGCUUGUCACUGCAAUAGCCACUCUGACCGCUGUCACUUCGACAUGACUGCGUAUGUGAGGAGCGGCGGCCGCAGCGGGGGCGUGUGCGAAGACUGCCGGCACGACACUGAGGGGCAGCACUGUGACCGCUGCAGACCCCUCUUCUACAGGGACCCACUCAAGGCCAUGUCUGAUCCGUACGCCUGCAUCCCCUGUGAAUGUGACCCAGACGGGACCUUAUCGGGUGGCAUGUGUGUGAGUCAGUCUGAUCCUGCUUUGGGGACUGUGGCCGGCCAGUGCUUGUGCAAAGAGAACGUGGAAGGAGCCAAGUGUGACCGGUGCAAGCCCAACCACCAUGGGCUGAAUGCGACCGACCCCAUGGGCUGUCAGCCCUGUGACUGUAACCCUUUCGGGAGUCUUCCCCUCUCAGCCUGUGAUGUGGACACGGGGCAGUGCUUGUGCCAGUCGUUUGCCACAGGACCACACUGUGAAGAAUGCACCGCUGGAUACUGGGGACUGGAAGAUGGCCUCCACGGCUGUUCUCCCUGCAACUGCGACAUUGGAGGUGCUUAUUCCAACGUGUGCUCCCCCAAGGAUGGACAGUGUGAAUGCCGCCCGCAUGUCACCGGCCGCCGCUGCACAGAACCAGUCCCCGGCUACUUCUUUGCUCCUUUGAAUUUCUAUCUCUAUGAGGCAGAGGAGGCCACCCCACUGGAAGGACUUGCGCCUCUGGUAUCGGCAACAGCGUUGCCUACAUGUGAUGUGUAUUUCCAGCAACAGGGGAGCGAUUUCACAGUUGACAAGGGCAGUAUAAUACUGAAGAGCAAUCAGAAGCAGAGUGUACGUGCUGACGAGCGGAGUGAGGGCUCAGUGACUUUUGGCCAGGUGCCUGCCUUUCACGUGGUUUUCCGAGAACCAGUUCCUGGAACCCCUGUUACGUGGACUGGACCUGGAUUUGCCAGAGUUCUCCCUGGGGCCGGCUUGAGAUUUGUCGUCAGCAACAUUUCCUUGCCCAUGGACUUCACCAUUGCCCUUUGCUACGAGCCUCAGCCUGCAGCCGACUGGACUGUCGAGGUCCUGGUUAAGCCCCUUGGAGGGAGCAAGCACUGUCCACGCGAGAGUCCAUGGCCACGGCCUUUGUCUUUCCCUUUACCGGCGGCUUCCAGAAUCGUGCUGCUGCCCACAGCCAUCUGUUUAGAACCAGAUGUACAAUAUUCCAUAGAUGUCCAUUUUUCCCGGCCUUUGGAAGGAGGGUCCCACGCUCAGUCCCACAUCCUGGUUGACUCACUUGGUCUGAUUCCCCAAAUCAAUUCACUGGAGAAUUUCUGCAGCAAGCGAGACUUAGAUGAAUAUCAGCUACACAGCUGUGUUGAAAUUGCCUCGAAGACGGGACCCCAGGUGCUCCCUGAUGUGUGUGAAAGGCUGAUAGUCAGCAUGUCCGCCAGGCUGCACAACGGGGCAGUAGCCUGUAAGUGUCACCCCCAGGGCUCAGUGGGGCCCAGCUGCAGCCGACUUGGGGGCCAGUGCCCAUGCAAGCCUCUUGUGGCUGGUCGCUGCUGUGACAGGUGCUCACCAGGAAGCUACGGCUUGGGACAUCAUGGCUGUCACCCAUGUCACUGUCAUCCGCAAGGCUCAAAGAGCCCUAUAUGUGACCAAAUAACGGGACAGUGCUCCUGCCAGGGGGAGGUGGCCGGCCGCCGUUGUGACCGAUGCCUGGAAGGCUACUUUGGGUUCCCCAGCUGCCGCCCUUGCCUUUGUAAUGGAUUCGCGGAACUUUGUGAUCCCGAAACAGGCUCGUGCUUCAAUUGUGGGGGGUUUACAACUGGAAGAAACUGUGAAAGAUGCAUUGAUGGUUACUAUGGGAAUCCUCCUUCGGGACAGUCCUGUCAUCCUUGCCGAUGUCCAGACGUUCCCUCUAGUAGCCAGUAUUUUGCCCAUUCCUGUUAUCAGCAUCCUUGGAACUCAGAUGUGAUCUGCAAUUGUCUUCAGGGUUAUGCAGGUAAACAGUGUGGAGAAUGCUCUGCAGGUUUCUACGGAAAUCCCAGAAUUUCGGGAGCGCCUUGCCAGCCGUGUGCCUGCAACAACAACACCGACGUGACGGACCCUGAGUCCUGCAGCCGGCUGACAGGGGAAUGCCUGAAGUGUUUGCACAACACACAGGGGCCCCACUGCCAGUUCUGCAAACCAGGUCACUUUGGAUCGGCCGUCAAUCAGACCUGCCAGAGGUGCUCCUGCCAUCCUUCUGGGGUGAAUCCCGCUGAGUGUCCCCCUGGUCGGGGAGCUUGCCUCUGUGAUCCUGACACCGGCACAUGCCCUUGUCUGCCCAACGUCACGGGCCAGGCCUGUGACCAUUGUGCCGAUGGAUACUGGAAUCUCGUCCCCGGCAGAGGAUGCCAGCCAUGCGACUGUGACCCCCGGACCUCUCACGGAGGCCACUGUGACCAGCUUACAGGCCAGUGUCCGUGUAAAUUAGGCUAUGACGGGAAACUCUGCAGCGAGUGCAAGGAAGAUUAUUACCGUGAUCCACUGGGGCAAUGCAUUCCAUGUGACUGCAACAGGGAAGGUACCCAGAAGCCCACCUGUGACCGGAACACGGGCACGUGCCGCUGCCAGGAUGGGGUUAGCGGCCCGCGAUGCGAUCGCUGCGCCCGGGGUCACGGCCGGGAAUUCCCUUCCUGUCUGCGGUGUCACGGCUGCUUUGAUCCCUGGGACCACACGGUUUCUGCCCUCUCCGAAGCGGUGCGAGGGUUAAUGAGGCUGGCCGCUAGCAUGCGAGAUAAAAGAGAGCCUGUGCGGGUCUGCGAGGCCGACUUCAAAGGCCUCAGAGAGAACAUGUCUGAAAUAGAAAGGAUUCUGAAACAUUCUGUUUUCUCAUCGGGGGAAUUCUCAACCGUCAAGGAUUAUCAGGACUCUGUUCGGGAGCAAAUCAUGCAGCUAAGUGUGCAAAUGAAAGCUGUGCGUGAGUUUCCAGAUCUGAAAGAAAGGAUAGGGAGAAGGAGGAAUGAAGCAGACCUCUUACUUGAAGAACUUCGGCGAGAAAUCGGUUUGCGCUCCCAUGCCCGCAGCGCAAGCAUCACAGAUUCCUCAGAGGACAUCAAGAAGCAUUAUCAGAUGUCAUCAUCUGCUGAAAAGAAAAGUAAUGAAACCAUUUCUAUCAUAAAAAACUCUGAAAAAACCAGAAACGACUUACUUACCAUCUUUGAUACGCUAACCUCAAAACAGAACUCGUCAUUGGAAAAACUAAAGCAGAUUACGGUACCAGAUAUCCAAAGACUGAAAGAAAAGGUGUGUGGAGACCCAGGGGACAUGCCAUGCGUGCUCUCAUCCUGUGAUGGCCCCAGCUGUCGUGGCUCCCUGCCCCUCUCGAGCGAUGCCCUCCAGCAAGCUCAGGAGGCAGAGUCUGCAAUUCGUAAUUUGAGCGACCAGGUUCAGGGUUGGAAGAACCAGCUCAAAAAUGUAAGUAAACUGGCAGAAAUCUCCAAAAACAGUGCCUUACAGCUAAAUGAGAAACUGAGAAGUAUGAAAAAUCAAAGUGAAUCUGAAGAAGAGAAAAUGAAUCUCUUAAUCAAAAAACUGAAAACAUUUUUGUCAGAGGAAAACGUGCCUCCAGAGGAUAUAGAGAAGGUUGCAAAUCCCGUACUUGAUGUCCAUCUACCCAUGACAUCGCAGAAUCUAACCCAUGAACUUGACAAAGUGCGGAAUCUGGUGCAGCUCUGUGAGGACUACGGGGCAGAUGAAGACAGGCUACAUAAAGCAGCCAAGGAAGCCCAGAAGGUUUUGGUGAAGGCAGAAGAUGCUGAAAAAACAGCAAAUGUUCUAUUAAAUCUUGACAAAACGCUGAAUGAGUUGCAACAAGUUCAAGUCACCCAAGGAUGGGUAAACUCUACCAUUACACAGCUGACGGCAGCGAUCAAGAAAAUUAAAGAGAACGCACUACAGGCUGAAAAGAAAGCCAAGCACACCAAGAAUGAGCUCGACUUAGCAAAGCAGUCGUCAGUGCUGGAGGACAGGCUCUCCGGGCUGCAGACCAAGCUGCAAAGGAACAGAGAGCAAGCCGCCCGUGUGACUGCUCAGGCCGCAUCGGCCCAACGCCAGGCUGGGGACCUCAAGCAGGAGUUUGCAGAGCUGAGAAACCAAUAUGCUGCUCUUCAACAUAAGAAUGGUGCUGUAAGACUGACAAAGGUAACUUUGGAAAAAGUGGAACAGCUAAAAGGUGCAGUGGAAAAACUGGCCACAGAUACAGAGGACAAGAUAAGAAGAAUAGCAGAUUUAGAAAAGAAGAUCCAAGAUCUGCAUCUGAGUAGACAAGAAAAAGCGGAGCAACUGAAACAGCUGGAAGAUCAAGUUGUUGCCAUUAAAAACGAGAUUGUCGAGCAAGGAAAUAAAUAUGCUACUUGCUAUAGUUAGGCAGAGGCGAA